AUGUGUAUCAAGGUGCAAAGAAAGUAUUCCUGCAGAAAAUGCUACCUUCACCUCAAGGAUGAAUGGGACGACAUUGCCUGUGCUAAGGCGAGGGAGAAGGGUGGUGCCAUCGGCGCUUGCGGGAACCCGGUGUCAGUCCAGAGGAAGGAGAUAGAAUCCAUAUGUGACGAGUGCUUGAAGAAGCAGAAGAAGAAGCGAGGUUAUUAA